AUAAAUUGGGAACGCUUUUGUUAUGUCCCUGAACCAACGACGUAAUCCAUCUGGAUAAUUAAAUCCCAGCCCAUUGCGAAAUAUGUUGGGCGUCGCUUUCCUUUCCUUUUUCUCUUACUUUGAUCUUUUAUAUACCAUUGGUAUUCUUUUCUCUUUUGUUUCUUAUCAUUUUCUGUUCCAUUUUUUGCCCGUAUUUUUACAGACCAGUCGACCGAUUCGCCUCUUGCGCAGUAUACGAUGUCUGUCGAUUUGAUACCGGGCGAGUUUUCAGCUUUCACGGUGGCUAUCGCAGUCCUUAGCGGAUUUAUCGUUUUCUUUGGCUUCGUAUCCAUGUUCCUCAAAGAACGAUGUUUUCUCUCCGAAGCGUUUGUCGCUGUUAUUGUCGGCAUUAUUGCAGGUCCGCUGGUAUCCAAUGCAAUUAAUCCAUACAAUUGGAAGGAUAACGAUGAAAUCACUAAGCAACUGUCACGAUGUAUUAUUGCUAUCCAGGUGAUGGCUGUCGGCAUUGAAUUACCAAAGCAUUAUUUAAAGAAGGAAUGGCUUACCAUGCUGAUGCUGUUGUUACCUGUCAUGAUCUUCAUGUGGCUCGUUAGCGGACUAUUUAUCUGGUGGAUGGUGCCACCUAUCAACUAUUUAGAGUCAUUGGUGAUUGCUGCAUGCGUUUGCCCCACAGACCCUAUUCUGGCCAACUCAGUAGUCAAAGGACGUUUUGCCGAAAAACACGUGCCAGCUCAUAUUCGAAACGCUCUCUCAGCGGAAAGUGGCGCCAACGAUGGGAUGGGGUUCCCCUUUUUAUUUUUAGCCAUUUUUCUUAUUGGUGAAGACAACGUGGGAGUGGCUAUCGGCAAAUGGAUUUAUGAAACUUGUCUCUUCCAGAUCGCCUUGUCAUGCGUCAUUGGCAUCGUUGUCGGAUGGAUCGCACGCAAAAUUUUGCAAUGGUCCGAACGCAAUCACUUGAUUGACAAACCCUCCUUUUUAUCUUUUGCCAUUGCUUUGGCGUUGUUUUUAAUGAGUAUGACCGGAUUCUCAGGCAGCGACGAUGUGCUAGCUUGUUUUGCAGCAGGAAACGCAUUUUCAUGGGAUGACUGGUUUCGAUCACAAACCGAGGAAGCCCAUUUCCAAGAUGUCAUUGAUAUGAUGCUCAACUUAUCCAUCUUUGUCUAUAUUGGAGCGAUCAUUCCGUGGCACGAUUUCGGCGAUGCCAGUUUAGGACUUGCCACUUGGCGACUGGUGGUGAUCGCGAUCAUGAUUCUCCUGUUCCGUCGUCUGCCCAUCGUGCUUCUGCUUAAACCUGUGAUGCCAGCCAUGAUGACCUACCGAGAAGCAGCGUUCAGUGGUUGGUUCGGCCCCAUGGGGGUCGGUGCCGUCUUUCUGUCCAAAAUUGCCAAAGAACAAAUGGAGAAAAUCUAUCAAGGACAGCCGGAAAUGCCGGUGUCGGUCAAAGUCAUUAACCCCGUCGUUCUUUUCAUCGUCUUGUCCUCGGUACUAGUGCAUGGUACCACGAUUCCUCUGUUCAAACUUGGAAAACGGAUCCGUACGCGCACCCUCUCCAUGACAAGCAUCACCAGCAGCCAGGUACUGCGGCUUCCAAAAUUGCAAUUUGGACAACACGCUAGUCGACGCAGUGAAGAAGACUUACGGUAUCGUCCCAGCAAAGAUAUGACCCAGCUUCAGCGUAACACAUUAUUCAACACGAUUCAGCAUGAUUUACAGCAGAAGGAGCAUGACAGUGGUACAACGUUGGUCAUUGAUCACCAUGCGGAUUUGGCCGUCGACAUUCAUGAUGAACCUUCCGACGCCGAAGAAGAUUUCCUACCGGACGACCUAUCAAGGAACGGGGGAUCCCAUUCGCGUGUAAGCAGCCCACAAGUAUUCUCGUCGUCCUUUCGCCAAGAAGAUAUGCGUCACGGCAGUGCCACCACGCUUGAAAACCAAGCGAUCCGUUUCAUUGAGCCUGUCAAGCCACGCUCCUACAGCGAAAAGCAGGAUGUGUCGGACACCAAUACCAAAACUCGUCAGAGCAGACAUCAGAAAGAAUCGCCUGCCAUGAAGGGCAAGCCGUUGGACGACGUGAAUGGAAAACGGUACAACAGUGCCAGCAGUAACACUAGCAACGACAGUGGUGGCAGCACCCAAAAUCAGCAACAACACCUUUCCGUCCCCACGCCGGCCCAAGGCAAAUCCUUGCGACAUCUGUUUCGCAAACAGCCCAAGGAACCGGCAGCGGCCCAUAUCAGUGAUAUCACCAGUAAACCUGUGCCGGCACUAGAAGCUACAGAUGACAAGACGACGACGAUGGAGACUUACAUACAAGACAAAGCGACCACUUCAGAACAAGAAAUAUCGGUUCCUCUUCAUCCACGGGUUGAAGUCUGGGAAGAAAGCCAUCAUGUGAUUGUUGAAGACAAGCAAGAUCCGAGCACGCAAGUUAUCAUUGACAAAUCAGAUGUGGAUUGGCGAGUUAAAGCCAAAGAAACCAUCUCGGCCUUGGAAGCAAAACUAAACGAUUUAUCAUAGCAUAUUCUCCAUCUUUUUUUUUGCCCCAUUUUAUUCAUUUCACCUUUAAACUCACCCUCCCAAAGUAUUAUUCUCCAUCUGUUGCAUGAAAAAGUCCAUCAAAAAAGUUACAUAGUACUAACCACCAGUGCCUUUCAAAAGAAAAGAGAAGAAAAAUCAAUAAACAACUCAUUUAAU